AGUGACGUCAUGACGCUCUGCUUCCGUUGCGACGCCAUUUUGUGAAUGGACGCCGUUGCCAUCGACAUUCUGAAAGCAGACUGAAACAAACGCGAUCCCGAGCCUAAUUCAGCACGGUUUAGGUCCAGUCCGGUCGAGUUUUAACCUACGACGCUUUCCUCAGGAAAGACGACGCGAACAGCCCGUGUUUUCGCCGAGAAUUGAUCAAAGAUGUCGGAGGAGCAGCUUGUGGGCGAGAAGGCGCUGAUGAAGAUGGAGGAGACUGAUGGAGAGGAGGAGAUCCCGGGCGCUGAGGACGGCGGACAGAGAAAGGCGGAGGGCUCCAAGAUAGACGCCAGUAAAAACGAGGAGGACGAGGGGAAAAUGUUCGUCGGAGGCUUGAGCUGGGACACAACAAAGAAAGACCUGAAAGAUUACUUCAGUAAAUUUGGAGAGGUGGUGGACUGCACCUUGAAACUGGAUCCUCUGACGGGCCGGUCCAGGGGCUUUGGGUUUGUUCUGUUUAAAGAUGCUGAGAGUGUGGAAAAGGUGAUCUCACAGAAGGAGCACAAACUGAAUGGAAAAGCGAUCGACCCUAAGAAAGCGAAGGCCAUGAAGUCCAAAGAGCCGGUGAAGAAGAUAUUUGUAGGAGGUCUUUCCCCAGAUACUCCAGAGGAGAAGAUCAGAGAGUACUUUGACGCCUGCGGAGAGGUAGUGGACAAUUGAUAGACGUUUGUAAUUUGUGACCCUGGAGCACAAAACCAAUAUUAUAAAAGACGAGGUUUUUGUUUUAUAACAUUUAAAGAGGAGGAACCUGUAAAGAAAAUUAUGGAGAAGAAGUACCACAACAUCGGUUUAAGCAAGUGCGAGGUCAAGGUGGCCAUGUCCAAGGAGCAGUACCAGCAGCAGCAGCAGCAGUGGGGCGCAAGAGGAGGAUACGUCAGCAGAGCCAGAGGGAGAGGAGGUCCCAAUCAGAACUGGAACCAGGGAUACGGAAAUUACUGGAAUCAAGGUUAUGGAAAUUACGGGAACUAUGGCUACAACAAUCAAGGCUAUGGUGGAUACGGGGGCUAUGAUUACUCGGGUUACAACAACUACUACGGAUAUGGUGACUACAGCAAUCAGCAGAGCGGCUACAGCAAAUCCCCGAGGCGAGGCGGCCAUCAAAACAGUUACAAGCCGUAUUAACGGGAAACGUGCAGGUAUGUUGGCGCGUUGCUCACGCCGACGCGUCUCUAAAUCACCAUUUGAUCUUAUUGUAAUGUACGUUGCUUAAUUUUUGUUUUUCUCUAAAGUUUCACAGCACCCUGAAGUGCUUUACAGUAGUGGUAACAUAGAGACUUUUGGCAGUAAUGUAACAGCUGGCUUUUGGCUGUUUCUUGCCGUUUUGUUUUUAACUGUAAAAAUUAACAGGUACAGUACUGCUAAAUGGGUACCAGAAAAUAAGGAAUUACAAGGAAAGAAAGCCGAAGAAUGUUGUCUCCUAACUCUGACAUAUACCUUGUUUGUACCUGCCAGCGGGGACUUCCUUGCAGGCCAUGAGCUGACUUCCCGAUUGUCUCAGGCCCGCUCAAUGCGGACAGGGUACGAGAGGCGUACGCUCUCGAAUGCUCCCAUUUGGUAUGGUCUUCCAACAUCCUGUAUACGAAUUGUAAAAACUACUACAGCAACAAAAACAUAAAAAGGACACGUCAAGCUUUUAUCUUCUGUUUUGUUCUGUGUGUAUUUUUUAUUUCCUCUUAAAACCUCUUGGGAUUGGUCUUAUGUAAUAAUAUAUUAUAAUGUAAUGCCAUUUUUUCCAGGCGCCAUCAAGUAAUGGUAAAAUAUGAGACGAGAGCCGGAAUUAAAAUUAACCGUUCACUUUUUGAAGGAUACGGCUUUCUCUGGACUUUCCAGUGUUAAUAUGCACUUCUAAUCUAAUCUUACCUGUAAUGCUUGCUUUUCUUUACUUGUAGCUCGUGUAGCUGUAAUAUCCUGUAGUCCAUGAGCUAAAAGCCGGUUUGUACUUGGAUGCCGCUGCGCUGGAGAAGUGCUUUUUUAUAUUUGUAUUGUGUGAUUUUCUACUGACAGCGGUGGAAAAAGC